AUGGAUUUCAUCAAGACCAGUUCCCUGCGUGCUCUGAGUGAGUUAACUUUCCAACGCAAUUGGAAUGGCCUCAUUUGGAUGAGUAGAAAAGGAGUUAUGACCAAAAGAGUGAAGACUGGUCCAGACGGCUCUAUCGAGCAUCGCGCCAACCGCGCACACCGGCCGAUCGAGGAACGAACGUACCGCGAUCGUCCCUCGCACAUCAUCGCGUCCCGCCAAGUCCACGGCCGAGCUCACGUACCGACCCGGGAAGCAACAUCCCGCGGUCGGCCGCGCCUCGCCACCACAAGCCGCGCACGACCGCGCGCGCGAGGAAGCAACGCCUCGCGGCCGCGCAACUCCGUACGCGGCCGAUCCAUCCGUCCGACCAGGAAGGCUCGUCCCACGUCCGGCCGAAGAAUCAUCGGCCAAAUCUCAUCCGUCCGACCACGCGGCCGAACGCGAAAAUCUCGGCCACGAUCGUUCCGACUCGAUAGCCGACCACGACCCGAUAGCCGGCCGAUCGUCCCGACCGACCGUCCGAACGCCGCGGUCGACCCGAAGCCCGUUUUGAAGCCCGUUUCACACGUUUUCACGGCCCGGCUUAACCCUAAGCCGCCUCUGAAGACCUAG